AUGAUCUCCAAGGGCAGCCUGGAUAACAUGAACCUCUUCCAGAUCAUCACCAUCAUGGCCUUCUUCAUGCUGGCCCCGGUGACGCUGCUGAUCGAGGGGGCGCCGUUCCUCCCGCACAACGCGGCCGCGCUGGGCCUGACCGGGGACAAGGGGGUGGCGCUGCUGCAGCGGGUGCUGGCGGCCGGCCUCUGCUUCCACGCCUACCAGCAGCUCUCAUACAUGAUCCUCUCAAAGGUCAGCCCCGUCACCCACUCCAUCGGCAACUGCAUCAAGCGCGUCGUAGUCAUCGUCGCGUCGGUCCUCAUCCUGCGCAACCCAGUGUCCACGCAGAACGCCAUCGGCACGGGCCUGGCGCUGUUUGGCGUGUUCCUCUACUCGCAGGUCAAGCGGCGCUACAAGGACCCCCCAGCGGCGAAGACAGCCUAG